AUGGAGAACGUUGUAAGUGCAGUGUUGUUUGUUACGGAUCCACAUGAAAAGACUGUUUACUUCGUCAGUAAAUCUUUGACGGGGGCGGAAAAACGGUACAAAAAUAUUGAAAAGAUAGCACUUGCACUGUUCCAUGCAUCUCGUCGCCUCAAACCUUAUUUCCAAGUGAGGCAGAUCGUUGUCUACUCGGAAUACCCGCUGAAGAGAAUCCUGGAAUGUGCUGAUGAUUCCAUCCGACUAGCCAUAUGGUCAAAUUUUCUGGGGUCAUAUGAAAUCAAGUACGAGACCAGAACUGUAGAGAAGAGACACGCCCUGGUUGCACUGCUAGCAUAUUUUCCUGUGGACGACAAACAAACAGUUACCGAAGAAGAAGAGGAGUUGUUCAAACCCAUAGAGCCAGCCACCGAUCAUACUGGGGGCGAGUCCGUAAUUGAGGUCGAUACACCUGAACCAUUAUGGACUGUAUUUACUGAUGGGGCAUCGAAUGUUGGUGGAGAUGGAUGUGUCAUCCUUACUCCUGAAGGUUCGAGGAUCGAGAAAGCGACCAGGCUAGGUUUUCAAGCAUCAAACAAUGAUGCUGAAUAUGAAGCUGCAAUUAUCGGUUUAAAGGCUGUCAAACAGUUAUAUGCGAAGAACGUGAAGCUGGUGACUGAUUCCAUGCUAGUAGUUAGCCAGUUUCUGGGGACCUACAGAUCCAAGGAAGAGAGGAUGGCCCUGUAUUUGGAUCAUAUGAGAGAGCUACCAAAUGAUUUCGACCAAUUCUCUAUUGGGAAGCGAACGUGGUUGGAAAACAGGCACGCAGAUGCUUUAGCAUAUCUUUCUUCCGCAGUCGAAAAUGAUACCACUUGUUUCGUUGUAGUGGAUUUCCAAGAGUUGCCUAGCAUUUCCGACAUACAUUUUGUUCUGGCUCUCGAACACGCUAGUGGGGGCGAGAGGACAACUACAUCAACACAAGGAGAUACUGAGAACAUUGAUAGAAAUAUGGAUAUUGACAGUCCAGUGAUUGAUGGUUCAGGCAAUCCUGCUGAAAACGCUUCAGACUGGCGUCAACCUUAUAUCAGGUAUUUGACAACCAGUGAACUCCCAGAAGAUGAGAAACUUGCUUCAAAGGUGAAAAAGAAUGCUUGCAGAUAUUCAAUGAUCGAGGGGGAGCUGUACAGCAAACCUGUAGGUUUGGAUCCAUUUUUGCGGUGCAUAUCAGCCGAAGAAGGGCAACAAAUAUUGGCGGAGGCUCAUGAAGGAAUAUGUGGCAACCAUUCUGGAGGGCGCAGUCUCGCGCACAUGAUACUUUCCCAGGGAUACUUCUGGUCAUACAUGCAAAAAUAUGCUAAAGAAUGCGCACAUAAAUGCGUACCAUGCCAAGAGCACGCCCCAGUUCCUAAAAGGCCCGCCAACGAAUUGCAUCCAGUUUUUAGUCCCUGGUCAUUCUCUAUGUGGGGACUAGAUAUCGUCGUACCACUUCCCAAAGCUCCUGGAGGCGUUAAAUUUGUACUAGCCGCUACUGAUUAUUUCACCAAAUGGGUCAAAGCAGUGGCACUGGUACACGUUACUAGACAUGAUGUGAAAAGGUUUAUAUGGGAGAAUAUCGUUUGCAUAUUUGGAAUCUCGGACGCGAUAGUAUCAGACAAUGGGAAGCAGUCCGAUUCUGGGGUGAUCAAAGACUUCUGCAAGAACCUGAAUAUUCGCCACAAUUUCUCAUCUCCUUAUUAUGCUCAGAGUAACGGGCAGGCAGAAGCAACCAAUUGUGUUAUUAUGGACAAUCUCAAGAAAAGGCUAGAGAAAGCAAAGGGAAAAUGGACAUAA